AUGGCUCUUCCUAUCAUAGAACGAACUACACUACGCCUGCGUACAUUCGGAUCCGAGGAAGCACGAGAAAAACCGUCAAAUAAAGUCUCGCUCAAAGCAUGGGACGCUGAUGGUCAUCCGUUCUCUAUGCAUUUGUUCACGCACGAUAAGUUAGUGAAACCACUUGUUAUUCCAACAGUUCCUAAGAAAGAUGUAGACUUUAUUCGUCAACGUAAUCUUCCCGUCUAUCUUAGUAAGAACGAAUUAAAGGUGAAGCCCACUAUCCUACUCGGCUCCGACCAACUGUGGUCCUUAGUGAGAAACGAUCAACGGCACGUCACACUUCCCUCUGGGUUGCAUCUUCUGCCAACUCGCUUGGGUCACCUGAUAACAGGAAGUGCCAGUAAUCCUUCACAGUCAGCAAGAGAACCUGCAAAUGGUAAAACUAAUACUGGCCGUACACUGAAUGUUAAAAAAGGGAAACGCAAUCCGGUAAAAUUCGCAAGAAUCGAAGAACACAUAAAUUCCGAAACGCUAAUGCACAGUGAACGUAUUCCAAUACAUGAAACAAACAAAGAGAAAAAAGGAAAGAAAAGAAAUGAAGAGAACUUAGAACAAACAACAGGUCAUCAAGAUGUGAUUCAUUCACAAACUGACUGCAGCUCAUUAGAAACGCAGUUGAGCGAGAUUUCUGUAUUAGAUGACAACUGGGAAAUGUUCUGUGCGUUGGAAGCGGCCGGAGCGGAAGAAUAUACGAAUUUCGAGUCAAACGACACGUCCACAUUUAAUGCAUUGAUGCAGGAGAACAUCUCCAAACACUUAAACAGCUUCGAAAUCAUGAAACCAGGUGGAGCCCCGCAUAGUGAAAGCUUAGCUAAUCGCAUUCUAGCCGAAGACACCAGCACAGAAGCAACAAGCGCAUACGUUGUUGCGGAUAUGGAGUGGCAAUCAUGCACACCAAAGGCGACGUUAACAUCACUCAACAACGGUCCUGGCUUUCCGCAACGCUUGCGAAAGAAGCCCCCUUGGCGCGAUAAACGAAGCACGACCAUGUCAUUCGACCGCCACGAAUUCUCAGAAGCGAAAGGAUGA